CAUGACUUGAUGAUGUAUCUACCCGCCAAUCUUACACCAUAAGGUACCUGGCACACUAAGUUUUAGGGAGUCUGCACCUGUUGUAAUCUCUCCUAAUUACAGUACCUUACCUUACCUUACAGUGAGUGACGGUGGCUUCCAAUACCACCUACUCCUGCGCUUCUAUUUCCAUCCAACCCAACCAUGCGCGCACGCACGCAUGCAUGCACUUACUUAAUCUAUUCUAUUAAUUGAAAGAACAAUCAAUAGGCGCAACAACAGAGUUUGAUCCUUUCAUCUCUAUUGUUUAUUUCCUUAGCGGCCACCCCUCGACGCUCAUUCCCCUCUUACAGUUCAUUAAUCUUUGAUAUUUGAGGCUGGCCACCAAUUGUCCGACUUUCGGCUUGCUGUUUGUUGGUUGCACUGCAUAUUCAUGCAACUCUGUGCCUCGCGUGCAUCCUUCAGCCUUGUACACCAUCGCAUCACCCGCCAGGCAAAGGAACGAAUAAAUAUACGAGCGAGCGAACGUACAACGAACCGAUCAAGAAUAAAAGAAUAAGCAAGCCUGUCUUUAUACGUGGGGUUUCGAGUGUACCAUCCGUACAGUAACUCUUAGCCACAUCCGCCGGAUCACGAAUCGAGCUCUCUUUUACCAGCCACAUCAACCAGCUUCAUCCGUCUAUCACGAGCUUUUAUUGCUGUAGCAAAACUCUAGCCGCGAAGGCUUGAUUCCUCACAUGUCUGACGACGACACCCGCUCACUAGAACAUCAAGUGAAGUCUCCGGUCCCCGGAUCGCCAAUGUUCGGCUGUGAGCAUGUACAACUCCUUCUCAGCAAGAACCAAGAGGUCAUGAACAGCUCGAUCACGCACUACAAGUUGAUCCUCCGUAACAUCUUCGAUGCGACCCCCAUCGUCCCCCAAACCUCAACACAAGAGGGCCGACCCGUUACAACCCUUACCUCGAACUACCUCUGCCUACAAUGUCCCAUGACCGUGUCCGAGGAAGAUCGGUUGAAACAUGGAACCAAGAAACAACACCGCUUCUAUGUUGACUCUCGGAGCGGUUGCCUGUACUGUCAGAUGUGCGACGAUUUUGUCUGGGACCCGACUCUCGAGGAGCUUCGAGUGAGAAAGAUAGGGACUGGCUCUUUUUCUGGUCGCAAGAGAAAGCACAAUGAGCUCUUCUCAGACUCUAUGAAGGAUGACCCUCGGUAUAUUACUAACAAUACUACAACCGCCUCCUGUCGUGCAAACGGCCUGCGCGGCAUCUACAACGCUGGUGCGACCUGCUAUCAGAACGUUGUUCUCCAAAGCUUCUUGCACAACCCAUUACUCAGGAACUUUUACCUAAGCGAUGGUCACCAGAGCAAUGAUUGCCAGGUCUCUCACUGCCUGAGCUGUGCAAUGGACGACAUGUUCCAAGACUUUUACGCCCUAGAGAACACCAACGGUUAUACUGCUGCCAAUAUCUUGUCAGGUUUCUGGAUCUCCGAGAAGAAGGCAUUCGAGAAUCUUGUUACCACCAAAGAACAAGACGCUCAUGAGUUCUUCCAGUUCUUAGCUGAAGAGCUUCAUGAACGGAACGGUGAUGGCAAGAAGCCGGAAAUCGGCAGCGAACAUAGCUGCAAUUGUAUCAUGCAUCAGACAUUCUACGGCAAGAUGCAGACUACGACGACAUGCCAGAAUUGCUCAGGCCAGAGUAAUUCCAUCCAGUCGUUCCUUGAUCUAAGUCUAGGUCUCGAAAAUGUUGUCCAGAAGAAGAGCAAGAGGACUGGUCAGAAGAAGCCCUCUCUAACCUUGCAGGAUUGCUUAGACGAAGAAUACAUCAAGUAUGACAAGUGCGAGUAUCGGUGCAACAACUGCAACGGGACUCAACAAGCCAAACGACAUACCAGCAUUAAGCGGCUGCCAAACGUUCUGUCGAUACAGCUUAAGGUGAGUGUAGUCGGUGGCUUGUGAGUGUCGGUGUUGGUGUUGGUCCGCCGAGUUAACUCUUUUCUUCGCAGCGCUUUGAGUACAGACAUGGCCGCCACGAUCGUGCCGCGUCAAAAGUCGACAAUGAAGUCAAAUUCCCUCUUCAGCUCAACAUGUUACCGUAUACCAACCGUGUUCGCAACCACGAGAGUCGAGAGAGCCUUGAGCUGGAGCGAUCAUGCACCUAUGACCUCCUUAGUGUUGUGGUUCAUGUGGGUGAGAUCGACACUGGCCAUUAUACAUCAUAUUGUCGGGUCGGCGACCAGUGGUUCAAGUUUAAUGAUCACAAAGUCGAGUUGGCGAACUUGUCUGACGUCCUUGGGGCGCAGGCCUAUCUCCUUUUCUACAUCAUUCGCUCACUGGCCUAGGCGAUCGGGGUCUAGAUGAGGAGAGCCAGAAAGGCGUUGAUGAUCAUGAACAGUAAGUCGGCUGGAUCCAUACAUCAGCUGCAGGCUGAGCGCAGUAUGGAGCACUGCUCCGCGCACAUAUGUAGUUUAGUAAUGCCGUGGCACCCUACUGAGUAGGGCGGUACAUGGUUUCUUCAGAUGUAUCUUUUUCUCUAUCUGUGACGAGCUUCACUGGGUUUGUCAUAUCCCCAGAUGAUCCAUAAGUCAUUGUACGAUG